CUAUCAAUAGGCUAAUUAUAGUAGUCAAUCUCUCUUCUUGCUUGCUCUCACUUCAUAAUGGGGCGUACUUCAGUAUCGUUAAGACUAGGUCUAUAUCGGUCUAAAAGUUUUCUCGGAUGACAGAUAGUCAUAGCCACUGAAUCAGACAUGUGCAACAAGUAAUACCGCUUUCUCCGUUCUCUCUUCUAGAUUUGGACAAUACAUUUACCAGCUAAACGAGACAGAACAAUUUUAAAUUAUGAAGAACUUCACCGAUAGCACAACCAUGGGAAACUUCAGUGGUGACAAUAUAACUUGCUGGCCAGGAUUAUCACACGAUCCCCCGGUUUGUGGAAGCAGGGAUCAAAUGAUUGAAUAUAUUCUGGAAAAAAUGAAACCCACGGUGGAAGAAAGUGUGUUAAUAUUUCUGUAUGUAGUUGUUUUUUUUGUCGGAUUGUUCGGCAACUUCUUGGUUUGUUUUGUGGUGUAUCGGAGUAAAUCCAUGCAGAAUGCCACGAAUUAUUUCAUUGUUAAUUUAGCUGUUACGGACAUGUUAGUGAUUUUAAUUUGUUUACCGCCGACUGUGGUACAACAGACGUCUAGCCAUUGGUAUUUUGGGGAGGUCAUGUGUCACAUCGUCGUCUUUAUGCAGACGGCGUCAAUAGUGUCUUCUGUACUCACGUUAUGUGCCAUCGGCGUGGAGAGAUACUAUGGAAUAUGUCUCCCGUUUGAGUCCUGGCUGUCAUCAAGGCGGGUAAUUACCAUCAUCGUGAUGAUCUGGACUACAGCUGCUGCUGUGUCCGCACCACAUCUUAUAUAUAUGACGUUAAAGUCUACCUAUAAGGACAUACCGGAAUAUUUACAGUACUGUGCUAUGAAUAUGUCGACUCAAUCAAGAAAAGUUUUCCAGUCUGUUUUGGUGAUCUGUGUAUAUCUAAUACCCCUGUUGAUAAUUGGAGUAAUGUAUUUAAGGAUAUCAAUACGCCUAUGGAGUGCCAGUAUACCGGGAGAAACUCUAAAAUCAGCAGGAAGACCAUCUAAUGCUAUGAUUAAUCAAAAAUUAUCCAGACGGAAGAUAUCCCGAAUGUUAAUUGCUGUUGUAAUUAUAUUUGCUGUUUGUUAUUUGCCGAUACACGUAAUGUAUAUUUGCUUCAUUUUUGACGUAUUUGUUGGUUUAAAAGAUCAGAGCUUUAUACCACGAUUAAUGAUGAUUUCUCAUUGGUUAUGUUAUUUUAACAGCGCCAUCAACCCAAUCAUUUAUAACUUCAUGAGUAUGAAGUUUCAAUCGGAAUUCAAACGUAUAUUCUACAGAAUGACAUACCGACGUUAUCCAGAAUCCCAUGGCCGCACUGAGAGUCUACAACUGAAGAGUAAUGACGACUAUUAUUCUACAACGGUGGAAAAUAGACUAUAACAUCAUACAAAUAUUAAUUUAUUAUAAUACUGGUCAUAUAAUAUCGAUAUAGACGGGAAAUGGUUUACCCUGUGUAAAGAUGAAGUAACCUAUCCCCGACGUCCAACAGUAUGACGUAGAGGCACGUCGUCAAACAAUACGAUUAUGUUGUCGUUGCUACGUCGUAAAAGUGACGUCAUCCCCGACGUCCAACAGUAUGACGUAUACACACAUCGUUAAAGAUUAUGUUGUCGUAACUACGUUUUAAAAGUGAUGCCAUCCCCGACGUCCAACAGUAUGACGUAUACACACAUCGUUAAAGAUUAUGUUGUCGUAACUACGUUGUAAAAGUGACGCCAUCCCCGACGUCCAACAGUAUGACGUAUAAGAUUAUGUUGUUGUUGUUACGUCAUAAAAGUGACGCCAUUGUCUCCGACAAUCUCAAAACUGUUGUCAAAUUUAAAAGUUUAUGUUUGAAAUCAAAAUAUAAGUUUUCACCAGAAUGAUAAAGGUGGCAGUAAGGUUAAAACAUUCCGGCGGAUGAAUAUGUGAACUUUCUGGAAAUUCGUCAAUGUUCAGAGAACUGGGAGAAGUUUUCACUUAUCUCGUUAAACGUAAGUUGUCGGGGAAAAGGAGCACAGUCACGUUGUUGUCAAGGAAGUUCGGCCAUGGUUGCUACGAGGAUAGGCUGAAUGAAGAGUUAUGAAUGGAUGGGGUUAACAGAGUGAAGGAAUGAAUGGAUUAGAGAUACUAUGUGUGACAAGCAGAGUUUUAGGCCUGUAACUAAUAUGUUCUUGUUGGAUGAGUUUGUUUCUCUGUUUGAGAACAAUCUAAUAAUCCAUAUUUGAAAAAAUAAAUGGAUUACAGAUACUAUGUGAUAAGCAAAGUUUUAUAAUUAAUAUAUUAUGUUGCGAACAAUCGCAUAGGCUAUAUUUGAAGAAAUGAACGGAUAACAGAUACUAUGUGAUUAGCAGAGUUUGAUAACUAAUAUAUUCUUGUGUGGUUAAUUUGUUUCUCUGUUGUGAACAAUCGAAUAUUUUUGAAACCGAAUAAGGUCAAGACAUUUCGAAAUCUGUGGCCAUCGGUUAUUCAAUACUACUUAAAGGCCAUAAAUGCCUUAUAAAUAAUUCGACCAAUCUGAUUAAAAUACAGAUCUAUAUUUCGUUUCGUUUUUUAUACUUUCGAUGGCCUACACUAACUAAAGAUCUGACCGGUUGUAGUGAAAGGUCGCGUCAGGGGUCGUACGAUCGACUUUUGACCACAUGACGUCAAACAUUGAUUAAUCAAUCAGCGUUGACGUUUCUAGUGGUUCACCCACAGUUCCGUACAUCGCACGCCAAGAACUCGCCGUAACAGACAGUUCCAUUGGCUAAUCCCUCACUUCAAUCAGAAUGCGACUUAUAUAACAACUCUUCCGGAUCCUAGUGUUGUGAAGACGAGUAAAACGAAAUUUUAAACUCGCCGUAACAGACAGUUUCAUUGGCUAAUCCCUCACUUCAAUCAACCAGAAUGCGAGUUAUAUAUCAACUCUUCCAGAACCUAGUGUUGUGAAGACAAGUAAAACGAAAUUUUAAACCUAAAAAACGAAACGAAAUAUGAUCUGUGUUUUAAUCGGAUUGGUUUCGACGCCUACUGAAUCAUUUUACAUUGUGAUAUUCAAGUUACAACAUGCCAGAAUAAACAUAUAAUGUAAUGCUUUAAGUUUUAAAAAAAACUAUAGACAUACAAAACUAGAGGUAGCCCACGCGCAAAUAAAUCAUGCUUAGUUCAUAAUGAACAACAAAAAUGGCUCCAGGACAACAAAAUGUCUAAAACAAAGUAAAAAAGAAAAGUUUGAAACAUAAAAUCAAUGCGUCAUUAUAUUAUGACAUUCAAAGACCAGCAUAUACGCGUAUAAUGUACAGUUUGAAACUAUACCCGCACUUAAAUCAUUAUUCGUUCAUAAAUUGUUCAUAUUGAUAUCAGUCCUUUUUGUAUAAAAUAUGUUGAUUUUUAUCUGUUAACAUCGACGUCAAGAGAUUUGAGGACCAGCAUAUAAGCGUCUAAUGUAUAUACAUACACAAAAAUAGAGUUACUCACACUUAAAUCAUUAUUCGUUCAUAAAUUGUUCAUAUUGAUAUCAGUUCUAAUUGUUCGUAUGAAAUAUAUUGAUUUUUAUCUGUUAACAUCGACGUCAAGAGAUUACUUUUCUUAUCUUGUAAAGUACUUUAUGUUUGAACAUGUGUACUGUUAUGAAGGCAGCAAUUCACCAAGCUGCAAAAACAGUGAAACGACAAUCUGAAAUAGAC